AUGAGGGCGGAGAUUGAACAUGAGAACUUGGUCCAUAUCAACGGUGUGAAAGAGAGUCGAAGGUUACUUGCGGUUGCCUUUUACGGAACUGGUCUUUCCAGUUUUGCUCAGAAUAAAAUUAUUGACACCGAUCGUCUUCUCUCGCGUUGCAUUGAUUUCUUUCGCUUUCAUGGCUUUGCCGAAGACGCCGCGCACCUGUUGGAACAACGUCUUGAUGCUCUGAAUCGGACGAAUGCUGGUGGUGAGAGUGUAAAGAAGCAACAGCAGAGUCUACUGGCAUUGCUGAUUCAGGCCUAUUCCAAAUUCGACCACGACAAAGCGAGUCGAGCAAGUCGCCAUCUGGAGUUCAAGGAGAAGUUAACCGAGAAGGAGGUAGAUUCUCUGGAAUCGAUAUUCCUGUUCAAUAUGAAAAGCAUCAAGAAGACUGGAAGGGCGACCACUGCGCCAACACCGAAGAGUGGAGGUAAGGCUGGUGAAUCGGAGGGGGCGAUGGCAGGGGCACCAAAGAAGCAUAAGAAGAAGAAGAAGCGAUCAUCUCGGCUACCGAAAAAUUACCAGCCUGGCGUGCCUCCGGAUCCUGAGCGUUGGCUGCCGAGGCGUGAGCGCACUGGUUACCGUGGCAAGCGACGAGACAAGCGUCAACCUGUGCACCUCCAGCGUGGCCCUCAGGGUAUCACCUCUUCUGCGGCUCCCGAACUGGACAUGGGCAACGCAAGUGCGUCUGUGGCUUCAACACCACCAAGCGCUGGAUCCGGCAGCGCUGGCAUCAGUGCCGGUGCUAACAACGCCCAGUGCCGACCUCAGCAGAACAAACCUCACAAGAACAAGAAGGGAAGAAGGCGCUAA